UCAUAAAAACAACGUUAAUAGGUCUAUUUUUGUCUAUCCUUAAGUUUAUAUCGCUGGCAAAUGACCAAAAACUUUAUGCGAAACAAAUAUCGUCUUGUUUGAGGCAUUUCUUUAUUCCAAAAUGGUCCAGCAUGGACUGUUAUAUUUCUGGACCUAGAACGUUCAACAGAUGCCGUUGACACAGUUUACCCACAAAAAGCAUUCUGUCAGGCAUUAUUUUCAAACAUACGGGUGCGUCUAGUAAACGUAUUAUGAAAAAACACAAAGUUUGUGAGGAGUAUAUUAAAACAAAAUGAAGAUAGUUUUUCAAAAUGUAAUAUUGUUGCUCAGCUUUGUUGCUUACAAUUACUUCUGUCUGGCUAAUGAGAUCAUUAAAAUUGGUGCAUUUUUCAACGAGGACCAAUCGUCACAUCCAAUAAAUUGGGGUGUUAUUAGAGAUAAUAUUCAUGAAAAGGUAGGAUUUAUGGAUCCAGAAACAAAGAUUGUGCCUAAUGGAGAUGCUUUCGAAUCUGGAAAAAUAUUUUGUGAGUCUAUUGCCCAGGAUUCGAGAUAUUUGGCAGUUUUUGGUCCUAAAACCGCCGAAGAUUCAAAAAUAAUCGAAUCAAUUUGUUUUCACUUGGGAAUUCCAUAUUAUUUGACACACUGGAUUCCAUUUAAUCCCAUUCCGUAUCCAACGACGUUGAACUUAUAUCCAGAUGCAUAUUUAUUUUCCCAAGGUCUGGCCACUAUAGUAAAAAGUUUGGAUUGGAAAAAAUUCGUUAUAAUAUAUGAAAAUUCCCAAAACUUAAUUAAUAUACAGGAUAUUUUGAAAAUACAACAGUACAAAGAGGGAUACGAGAAAAAUGAUAUUUUAAUAAAACAGUUUAUUCCCGGAGACGAUCAAAGAUCUCUAUUGAAAGAAGUUAAGAAAUCGGGUAUUAGAAGAAUCAUUUUGGAUUGUAGUUCUGAAAAAAUUCUGGAUAUACUUAGACAAGCUCAAGAAGUUCAAUUAAUACCCGAUAUUUCAACAAGUUUUUUUCUAAUUUCUUUAGACGCCCAUACUAUAGAUUAUGGAAAUUACCUAAAAUGCUCAAAUAUGACAUCAAUUCGAUUAUUUGAUCCGUAUAAUUCAAGGUUUCAACAAGUAGUGAGUGAAUAUUAUCCUACAACACCUCCUGAGAAGAUUUUAGUGCAAACAGCAUUACAACACGACGCUAUGUUACUCCUGGCUGAAGCCAUGAAAUCUUUAUCAGCAGAUGGUAUUCCUAUAGAUUUACUAAAUGAACCUAAAUUGUGUAACACUACAGAACCGUACGAGGACGACUUAAUAUUAAUUGACAGAUUAAGAAAGACGACGGUACCACACGGCAUCACAGGAGAUAUUAACUUUCAGUAUGGAAAAAGAGAAAAAUUUGUUUUGGAAGUUAUCGAACUGGACAGGCCCGAGCAACCUAUAGCUGUUUGGAACUCUGAACAACCGGAAUCCAUCCACCUCACCAGAAAUGCCACUCAGAGAGAGGCAGAACUCCAGAGGCGUUUAAUGAAUCACAAUUUCAUAGUUAGCUCAAAAAUUGGUAAGCCAUACCUAAUGUACAGUGACCAACCGGAUGCAACAGGAAAUAGUCGGUACAAGGGAUAUUCUAUGGACUUGAUAACUGAAAUAGCAAAAUUGAUGAACAUUACAUUUGAGUUCGUCCUAACACGUGAUAACUUGCACUCAAAUAUAGUAGAUGAUUUGAUAAACAGGAGAGCUGACUUAGGUAUUUGUGACUUUACAAUCACGCACCAAAGGCGCGAGCUUAUAGACUUUAGUAUGCCUUUCAUGUCUCUAGGAAUCAGCAUUUUGCAUAAAGAGUCUGACGUGGAACAACUUAAUAACAUGUACGCUUUUAUGGAUCCAUUUUCUUUAAAAGUCUGGAUAUACAUUGUCACACUUUUUCUAAUUCUGUCUUUGAUCAUAGUAGUAACUGCAAGACUAGAUCCAGACGAUUGGGAGAAUCCCCAUCCAUGCAAUCAGCAGCCAGAAGAACUGGAAAAUAUCUGGAAUAUUAAAAAUUGUCUCUGGUUGACUUUGGGUUCCAUUAUGACCCAAGGAUGUGAUAUUUUACCCAAAGGUAUUUCUUCAAGAAUUCUAACAGCCAUGUGGUGGUUCUUUUCCUUGAUAAUGACCAGCAGUUACACCGCUAACAUGGCUGCUUUUCUCACAGUACAAAAAAGCGCCAAUACCAUUAAUAACGUUGAAGAUUUAGCCAAUCAAAAUAAAGUUAAAUAUGGUAUAAUGAAAGGAGGCUCAACAGAAGAAUUCUUCAAAUACUCUAAUGAUUCCUUAUAUCAGAAAAUGUGGGCUGUGAUGAAAAAUGAGAAUCCCAGUGUUUUCGAAGAUAGUAACGAUAAGGGAGUGGAACGCGUGUUGUCUACUAAAAAUGCGCUCUACGCCUUUUUUAUGGAAUCCACACAAAUCGAAUAUGAGCUUGAAAGGAAAUGCGAACUUAGAAAGGUUGGCUCUUGGCUGGAUUCAAAAAGUUAUGGAAUAGGAAUGCCUUUUGGUGCUGACUACAGGCACGCAAUUAAUUCUGCUGUUUUAAAAUUGCAAGAAAACGGCAAAUUGAAUGAAUUAAAAGAAAAAUGGUGGAAGAAGGACAUAGAGGGAACACCCUGUUCAAAUGUCUAUGAUGAACCAGUUAUUCAAGAUGAACUGACAUUAGCUCACGUUGGGGGUGUAUUUGUGGUUCUAGGAUGUGGCAUUUGUCUAGCCUUUCUUUUGGCAAUAGUAGAAUUUUUUUGGAAUAUAUACAACAUAUCUGUUGAAGAACAUAUGGGUUACAUGGAAGCUUUAGAAUGUGAAAUUAGGUUUGCUUGUAACAUAUUUAUAACACAAAAACAUGUAAAACCCUCGUUAUCCGAUACAUUUUCGUCAAAAUCUGAUAAUAAAAGUAUGGCUAGAACGGUUAUAGCAGGAGCUGGAUCAUUCCUCAAUGUAAAUGCCACUGUUCUAAACAGAAUAGGAAAUAUGAGAUACAAUGAAUAACUGCCAUUAAUGCAGCUUUAUUUUUAUUUAUUAUCAACCAUAUAUCUUAAUAAUAAUAAAUAACAUACUUCUUA